AACAAGUUCUCAUAGUCCUUAAGUGUGUUCCAGGAGAUGCUGUACGGGAUCUCGACGGGGUUCGGGUCGCCGCAGGUGCCGGUGGCGGAGAUCCUGGCGCGCGCAGUGCCCACCCUGCACUCGCCGCAGAAGCCCAAGAGCAGCAACUUCCUGCAGGUGCCCGACAUCGAGUCGCCCAGGCCCAAAAGCGUGCCCUCGUCGCCCAUGGUGAAGCGCGCCUUCUCCCGCCUGGGCAACCUCACCGCCGGCUGGGGCCGCUCCAUCCGCAAGCAGCAUUCCCAGCUUUCCGCCGACGACAAGAAGAAGUGGUCUUCGUCGCAGGACUGCUCCAACAAGGAGGGCAAGGACAAGGAGAAGAAGGAGGCGCAGAUCCCGCAGCUGGCCGUACCGCGGCUGAGCGUCUGUGCCGAUGCCCAGAAGGUGGACCGCGCCAAGCUCGCACAGACCGAGUUCCCCAUCAUCGAGUUCGACCCGGAGACGUUCCGCAUCCUGCUGGACUACCUGCACACCGGCUCGUGCCCGCUCACCUGCUCCAACAUCCCGGGCCUCAUCUGCGCCGCGGAGCACUACGACCUGCCCGAGCUGCUGCAGGCCUGCUUCCACCACGCCAAGCAGUUCCUGCGCAUCGAUGUGGUUUGCGUGAUGCUGUGUGCCCUGGAGAACUACUACUGGCGGUACACGUCUGCGUCGGAGCUGGUCAACAUGAUACUUGCCUUCGUGGAGACCAGAGCGCACCAGCUGUUCCAAGUGCAAGACUUCAUGAUGCUGUCCGAGUCGAUGGUGCAGAUGAUCAUGUGCCGCAACCUGGAGAUCCCCGAGGUGCGCAAGUUUGAGGCGAUGCUGGGCUGGGCACGCAACAAGAUCCGCACCAAGACCUCCUCCAAGAUGGAUGCCAAGCUCGAGUUCAAGUGCAUCAUGGAGCGACUUGCUAGGGACCUCAAGCUGUAUCGCAUCUCUCCUCAGGAGCUCAUCAAGAUCGUUCUGCCCAGCAAGGCGAUCAAGAAUGAGCGCAUCCUGGAGACACUGAUGUUCCAGGCGAACUCUGGAAUGUACCGUAUCCAGGACUCUUACCUGGAAGCGUGCCAGCAGCGGCUGCUGCAGAAGCAGGACUCGCGAUUCAGCGAGUGGGAGUCAUUCGACUACGGGCUCUAAGCCGGCUGGCCACAACCACCAGUCAUCUGAUUGUGUUCAAACAUCACAAAUAAACUGAAAAAUUCCACUUGCCCCUCCCAAAUAGUGGAAGAACUGGAUCGAACAGGUCUGCACACGAGCUCCAGGUGAAACUUGUAUGCAGCUAUUUGCCAAAGAGUUCAUAAUUGCCAAAAAUAAUAUUAAAAAUCGACAACCCAAGUGAUUACAAUCAUGUCACACAAUCUAUUUUCAAAUAUAAUUUUUAUCCCAGUCAUGCAUACUACACUUGUAACCACCACAGUUGAUAAAUUUGUGUGUAAAUCGAGAAGGUAAGAGGAAAAACAGAAAAAAACUUUGCUACUGUGAAAUGAAAACAUGUUCUAAAACUUGAAACUGAAAAAGAAAAUAUAAUUGCUGAAUAAACGUCCAAAGAAGACAACUGAAUACAUAUAUUUGUAUUCAUAUAUACAUGAGUAUGCAUCUAAAGAUAACUUGUAGUCCAUUACCAGUUUUGUGAGAAUGAUUGAGAAAUGUUUGCUAUAGUGGUAGUUUGACUUAACACUGUCAGCUGCCAUUUAGCAAAUUUAUUUCACCUUAAAUAUGUUUCAGUUUUAUUUUUCUGAAUUGAAAAUGUCAUACAAUCAAGUGACAAUAUUUUAUCUUUGAUUAAUUUCAUUUGUAGGUUGUCUGUAAAAAUGUAAUGUUACAUAUAGAGAUUUGCAUGUUGUAAUAGAAAAUGACAAUACCCUGUUGAUUCUCAGAAUAUCAUAUUUAAGUUUGUGAAGAAACAAGACAUUCUGUGUCUUUCCAGAACCACCCAUAAGAAGUAUUUCCACCCAUAAGAAGUGUUUACUUUACUUACACAAGUAAGUGUUGCAGUAGGUUCAACACAGAUUCUCAUAAUUGCUUAGCACAUAAACUGAUUUCAUUUCACCUGUUCCAAUUUCAUUGGUUGAUUUUCUAUUUAGAUUUACCAAUAAAAUGAUGCUAAUUCACCUAUUGAACAAUGAUAAAAAUUCCAAACACAUUAAAAACUUAUCAGCUACAUUUCUUUUAAAACACAUGAGCAAUUGUUUUGCAGUGUCAUGACGAAUUUGCUGGAUAAUGAGAUAAACAGGUGACAUAAUACAGUCACAUAACUGGUCAUGCUAACAGGGUGAAUUAAAACAAUCUUCAAUUUUGCUGCCCCAAAACAUAUUUCUUACUACCUAAUAAUAAAAAGGUGGAAAAGAGAGGUAUAUUAAAAUUUUUAAUUCUGCUAAUAUUCCUUGGCAGAGGAACAGAAGAUAGAGGGGAAAAAUAAAUGCAGGAGCAAUAUUGUUGUGAGAGAUGAAGUACAUGCAGAAAGGGAUAGGUAGACUGAUGAAGACAAAUCAUGAUUAUGAAUGAAAGGUCAUGUCAGUCAGAGGUAGGUAUCAAUCGCUAUGAAAUUAAUGACAUAUUAGAAUAUAGUAAUACAGUUUGCAAAAAUGCUCACUGAAAACAUUUGCUCAUGGCAAUAACUGACUGAAAAUACAAACAAGACUUAUGUUUUUAACAUACCUCUUCAUGUGUAAAAUACAGUAAAUGUUUCAUUCUGCAAGUAAUUCCUGGUUCAUAAGAAACUGACUUUGGGUUUGGCACAGAAAGUCUGAAAUAAGAAAAGAAGGGAUAGUUUUUGCAUUCAGAUAUCAAAUAAACAAAAUGGCAUAGCUUUGUGCUUCAGUUUGUUGUCACUAUUUGUGUAGUUAUUGUAAUCAGAUAAAAAUAAUCAGAUAACAGUGGUUCGUACACUAUUAUACAUUUGUGUUUAAGAUGUUCAGUGUUGUUUACAUUGGUGUAUGCAGUUGAUAGACAUUCAUUUUUAGAUGUAAGGUUACAUCUGUCCACCAGGUCAGCUCUGCCCCACAUUUGUACCAGCCUUCAUUUUGUGGAAUUGUUUUCUUAACUGUGGUAAAACAAGCUAACAAGCCCUUUCCCUUUCUUUCUUUAUUGGGUGUUUAUUUCAUGUACAAGAUCUGUGUUACUGUAGUAUCAAGACCUGAAUACACAACUUGGUUGGCACUGCUGCUUGCUACAAUUUUCUGUGAAGAAUAUUGUAUUCCUUUAUAUUUUAUAUUAAUUAAUGAGAACCAAUAAAGCUGGUGCAGUUAUGCUCCCAACUGCAGUGAAUUUCAGCAUUGUUUCAUAAUAUGUUUGAUGCUGCUCAUUUCCUCCAUCAACAUAUUCAUGCUCUCUCCCCACCGUUUCUGACAUCAGACACAGUGCCACUCUUUGUCCUAUCAUAACACAAGGACAACUGUAAUGCAUAUAUAUUCUGUCCCCCCACCCAAAAGUACACAUUUUCAGGAUACACUGGUAAAUAUGCUCCAGAUCAUUUACAUAAUAUUAUUUAAGAACAAACUAAAGAUUCUUUUCAGUGAGCCACCCAAAUAAAACAGUAAAUAUAGUAAUGCAUAAACAUUCAAUGAAAUUAUCUGCUAAAUUACACAUGCUGAGUGCCAGAAAUUUCCAUUUGAUUGGUAAAGCACAAUUUUCUCACUGUAAACAAAUUAUUUAGUUCUUCCCUUGUCUGGAUUACCUGGAGCAUAAUCUUACAGCCACACCAGUGGCAGUUUAAUUUUGUGUACUUGAGAUAAAAUUUAUGCUCUAGCAUCAUCAAAACCAAUGGGGAACUAAAGAGUAGUUCACACCUAAGUAUGACCUGUCCUUGUUACCAAGGCAGUUAAUUCAUGUAGCUUUAAACAGUUCAGCAGGAUUAUCACUUGACACAGAUAAAAUCCGUAAUGAAUUACAGGCUUCACUCAUUAAUUAUGAGCACCAGCUAUUUUACAUAUGAAACUGAACGUAGAAGUAAUUUGAAAUAGUUGUUGAAACCCACCAAUAAAACCUAUAAUUGCAAUAUAAAAAUGUAUUAUCAAGUGUGUAGUUGCCUAUUUAUGAAGAGAGUCUACAAAUAGGAAGGACAGUUCAGGAAAUAAAGAACAACAUUGCCCAUUGGCAAUUCAUGAAAUUAUAUUCCACUGCACCAUUGUUGGUUCGAAGUUAUGCAUGGUGAUUCCACUGUAUCACUCACAGUUAUGACUAUCAAAAUAAUAUAAUAAUCCACAUAAUUCCGUUCUUCUCUUGGCUUCUAAACUCUUCAGCAGUGCCAGGGAUUAUUAAAUGAUCACAUUUCUCAGCAUACCAAUUGCUGUACUAACUUUUUCUUUUUUCCUUACGCAAGCAGACCAUACCUAUUGUUGAACGAAUUUAUUAUUUUUCAGCCACCAGGAAAAAAGAUUCUGAUUGCUGAAUAACUGUAAUAUAUUUUUGUUUGCAACUAGUAAAUAUAAACACCUCUUUGUCAGACAGGCACAAAUAUCUAUAAAGAACUUUACAAUCAGAAUGAAACUGCAAUAAAUAGAGGUACUUGUAUAUUUGCAGAAAUUCAUUUGAUUGCCUCAGAAAGUGGCCAAUGGACAGUGGAAAUAGUUCUCCAUUCAACCCAUCCAGUACAUCAUCACCAUCAAUAUCAUUUUAACUUGUCAGUCCUUUCCGACAAUAUUUCACUUUCUUCCUUUGAGUACACCAAGUCAGAUGCAUGUCAGAGUGCCAGAAUAGGAUAUAUUUUUGCCUAGGGAAACAAAAUUUAUUGUUUAUUUUACUGGUGGACAGACAAGAUCUCUUUGUAUAAAGUGUAUAUAAAUACAAGUUAUUUUUGUGUGGUAUUUUAAAAAGACUCAUAUAUACAUAUAUAUGUGCAGCUUUCUAAUCUGUUAGGUUACAGACAUUGACAUACUCCUUGCAGAAGACAGUAUCAUAGUUAUGUGCAUUCAACUGCAAUAAAUAUAAUCUUUUUUGAAUUUUGUUACUUUUAGUUUUACAUUUAAACUAUAUAUUCAUGAAGGAAAAAUCAGUGAAAUGCCAGCAAAUAUUUCAUGGGUAGUUGUUUGCUUAUUCUCACCUACACAUGGGUAUUCCUGCUGUACAUCACAAUAUCACCUUCUCUCAAUGAGGCAUAGUGCUAAAAAAAGUAUUGUAAUCAUGCUUGCAAGCUAUUACUGCACAUUUUUAAGCUGUUAGACUCUUGAUUCCAGUUUAACUUAGGCAGUCCGUAACAGACUGUCUUGUAAACCCACACUAAAGCAACAUUGGUUUGACCUUCAAAUCUGUUAAUAAUUACUAAAUCUGAUGAGAUAUGUCAGAACUUUGAAUGAUGCAUUAUGCUUACUGGAGUUGUUUCUAAUAUGUUCCUUGCAUUUUUAUUAGAGCUUCCUGAUAUUCAAAAGUUGUGUUAGGGUGGCGAAUAAGUAUGGAUGUUGGAUAUUACUUUGGAUCAGAUAUUACCACUGCUUUCAUAUGUAAUUCACACUCAAAUAUGAAGCAUUCAGAUUCUCCCCAGUUCCUACAAUUGGCAGCAGGUAGUUAAUUUAAAAUCCGCCCUACAGCAAGCACUAAUAUUCGUUAUAAUCAUUGCUUUCAAAGAUAUCUAUGCAUGCUUAGGUUCUCAUAAAAUUUUCUCAGAGACUUUACAUAGCAAGUCUAAAAUACUGUUUCUCAUACCAUCUCUUCAUCCAUUGAACUGUGAGCAUUAUAUUCAGUCACACUGUGUGAAAGUAGUUAAACUCCAUUGUGAACUAUGUUUUUGGCAUGGGGUAUUCUUUAUAAUUAUAAAAAAGGUGCUUUAAUGCUGUUAUUCCCCAAAGAAUGUAUGAAUACAAUUAGCAGAAGCAGCUAGAAUUCAUCAUCUACAUGCAAGUUUACAAGACACUACAACAAACUUAAAGUUAAAUCUUUCUUCAUCAAAAAGAGAUGUGUCAUUUUAUAAAAAUCUGCAAUAGAGUGUUAUGAAAACAAGCAAUAUAAGAUUACAGUUUUAACAAAUCACAUCUAAUGAAACACCAACAAGCAGAGAAAACUUCUUAGUGAGGAACUGAUGACACAGAAAAAGACCACAUUUCUAGGAACAUGAUAAAAUUGAUGGAAUCGAAUUUGUUUAGUCUUCCAUGUAGUCUACUCUUACUUAAAACUUGAAAUUACAUACAGUUUUCUAACUGAUUCCUAGAAGAACCAAUCCCAAUUAUCAAGCUCAGAUUUUAUAUAUUAAAAAAAGUUGAGUUCAAACCAUACAUUUCUUUAGUUGGAUCAGUGUGCCUUUCUUUCAUCAACAUUUUCUUGAAAAUAGGAGACAUCUUCGAAGAUUAUUUUUGUUAUCCCCAUUGCAAAGCAUUACAUGCAUCAAUAUUGUUUAGUGACUAGCAUGUAUAAGCUUACAUUUGCAGACCAACAGUAAACACUGGACUGAGUUGAGUGCCACCCCAUCAAACUUAUACUGCAUUAUGUGUUGGCACAUCAUAUUACAUAGCUCCAGAAGUCUUAAAUAUAAUUCUUGAAAUAAAGUUGCUGAUAUUUCACUGCAUUCAUUUUCAAUUAAUGUUUAUAAUGGUUGAAACAUGUAAAAUGACUGUGUAUUGGAGGUGUUACUGAAGUCUUUGUUGCAGUAUGCAAUAAGAAUAUUUAUUUUUUUCUUGUUUUACAUAUGCCCAUGUGAAGGUAGAAACAGUAAGUUGGAAAGAUUUUUCACAAAUAACCAAUUAGGUUGUUAGAUGGGAGAAUAUGUCCCAUGGUAAACAUUGACUAAAGAUGACUUCUCUGUUGGCUAAUUUCUAGAAAUUGUAAAAUAUUGUCUUUCUGUUUCAUUUUUGUUUGCAUUUUGUAGAAAUGUUUCACAUGCAUUCUAACUGCUUGUUAUCAAAAUCAAUUAUAACCAAAAACAUUUUUUCGUUAUGUAAGUGCAGAAUGCACUUGUCAAGUGAUAAGCCCACUUAAAUCAGUGGAUCAGAAAUGUUAGUAGUGCAGGUGAAAAUUCAUUUAAGCAGAAAUGGUAGCUGUAUACUGCAACAGUGACACCUUCUGUUGUGUCUCAUAAGUAUUAUUUCAACUCUCAUUCAUCUCAGAUCAUCUAUACUGCAUAAGUGUUCACAAUAUUUUCAUACAAUCUAAUGUUUGUGUGACUGGAAGAAACAUAGCGUAAUUGACUGUAGUAAUUAAAAAAAUUCAUUGUUUAAAGCUGUGCGUAUAAUUUUGUGAAAGAUUUUUUCCAUGUAUGUGUCAGCUGUAUGGAAUAUUGAAUAAUAGCUUCCUUCAAACAGAGAAGAAAGAUAUAUAUUCCACUAAGUUUCUGUUAACAUAGGACAUAUUUCUACAAAAUUAUAUACAUAAACAUAUAUACAAAUAUAUCUGAAAAAUACCUUAUUGUAUGUGGCACUGCUAACAUAAAUAUAUUUUUAAGUACCGUAGCAUGUUACUAAAUAUGUAUAAAAGAGAAUUGUGUUUUAUAUGGAAACUAAGUAUAAAUUCUUGCAAAAAAGAAAGAAAUCACAUGGCUCCUCCAUUUCAUUCCAUGGCUGAGUCUCUUUGUACAUGAACGCUCACUAGUAAUAUUAUGGAUUCAUAAAUGGGACACACUGAAAGCAUCUGAUAGUCACAAUAGUUCUCAAUGCUCAGUUUUAUUUUGUUUUCUCCAACCAUAUCUUUGCUGAAAGCCAUGGUAAAAUGGCCAACUACUAUUCUGCGUUAAUCUGUAACCAUAUGAGAAACAGUUAUUACAUGACUUAUAUUAUACUGUUAGUAAUGGCAAUAUGCAUUAAAUACAUAAAAUAUCUGCAUACCUUGCUUCAUCAGUUUGCUUCUAUGUUAUACAAUGCAAAGUAUGUCUUUCAUUUUCCAGUACUAAAGCAAUUAUCAUUGUUUGCAGAUUAAAAUGUAUAACUGCACAUGAUAUCCACAUAAUUAAUUUUGUUUUCUCAUACUGUACACUAAUCAUUUGUUAAUUUUUAAUCUGUAUCCUCAUUUUUCCUAUUACUCUACAGGCAUUCAAACUUCAAAAACUGAUGCAUGGUAGAGAAUUCCUGGUAAAAGUUUUCUUUGCCUCCAGUCACCUAUAUGCACCUCUACUGUGUAUAAAAAACACAGAAAAUUAAAUUUUUUAACUAAUAUAUGAACUUUAGUGCAUUAUUUGCCAUAACAUAUGAUAGACACUUCUAACUCAGUUGCCAGGCAUUUUGUGUUUUAUUUUGCAUUCCAGUGUGUUCCAUUUUUCAGUGUGGGUGCAGCUCUAUC